CGCGCGCGGGGAACGCGUCCGUUACCGAGGUGCGGCGGCGGGCAGGGGCCGGUCCCCAUCCCCGUCCCCGGGGGCGAGGGCGGCGGCGGGUCUCGGCGCAGCCCGGGGGAAGCCCCCGUUUUCUGCUUCCGCCUCCGCCUGGGCUCCCUGAGCGGCCGCGUGUGCCCUUUUUGCCGUUAGUUCGCCCUUUCGUGAGGGAGGGCUGGCUGGAGGCCUCUUGUUGAGGCGUUUGUCGGUGAAGACCGGUUGAUGGCGGGAAAGACGCUUGUAGUCUUCGUGUCGUUCGUCUGGUAUUGGGCGACUUAAGCUAAGCUUUUCGGGAAAAAAAAAAAAAAAGUGAAAAAAAAAAAAAAGGCAAAUAAAAGAUUUUCGUGUUGGCUGCCAGGUCCGAUUUUUCAGGGCCGACAAGCUGCUGAGAGAAGCUUGGAGUGGAGGUUUUAUAGACUAGGUCUGCAAAGGAAUUUUAACUUUGGUAUUUUUUUUCUGCAAUAGCCGAGUUUUAGUGUGCUGUCUUUUUAACGUUUGGCUCCUGUUUUUCUUAGCCUGUGUCUUAAUUUCCUGAAGCACUGGUAACUUUUACUUUAUUGAUACACCUGUCUGAAAUUCUAGUGUGAAGCUCUUAAUGAAAAGCUUAUAUACUUCUCUUUGGAUUCACUUGAGGAUGCAAUAGUGGCCCUAAACACACAGCAAAUUCAGCGUCUGGAUAGAAAUAUAACUCUAACCUCCAAAGUUAUCCGCCUUAAAGCACAAAUAUUACUUUGUAUUAAGUUAAAUAUUUGCUGGUGAAAAACUGUGUUUUUAAAUUACUUAUUGUGUUGACCAUUUCUCAAAUGUUGACGUGUCUGUUUACCAAAAGUUCUGUUUUACCAUGUAGUAACCAACAAAUAAAUGACAUUUUUCAGGAACUAAAAGGAAGAGGAAGUUUAUGUACGUUAUUUUUAUUUUUUUAAUUUUCCUGGGAAACAUUUGUUUUUAAACCAGCUGUUUUCUUAAUUAUGUUGUGAACUGUUAUUUAGUGGAUGUUGAAAGGGAAGAAGAAACGGUAACAAACAGUAAAGUUAGUGAAAAUUAUACUUACUUAAUGUUUAUUAUUUUUAAAUAGCCAAGAUGAUUUUUAUACCAAAGGUAGACAACAUUAUUUAUAUUGUCAUCAAGUUACAUUGUAAAUCCUGUAAUGUUCAUUGCUUUUCUCUUUCCCACUUUCACCAGUGGCUACUGUAAAUACGGCCAGUAUAGAAUAAAAAAAAAAAAAAAUCUGUUCCCACAGAAUUUGCAGUCUAAAUAGAGGGAAAAAAGUGCGAGGAAAAAUAUUGUGAGUGAAUAGUGUAAUGUCUUGUAGGUUUUAUUAGUUCUGUGUUCCAUUUUUUCUUUUAUUGUGUAUGUCUGUGGCUGCUUUUGUCUUAGUAAGCUGCCAAGCGAUCCAUAAAUUUAUCACAUUUAAUGGAGAGGUAGUGGUUACUUAAAAUACUUAAAGUGAGAACAGGCAACCAGGUAAGCUAUUAAGUCUUUCAGGGGAAAGGCUGCGCAUAAAGGCACAAGGAAGAUGUACUCUGCAGAGCCAAAAUAGUGCAGAAAUUGACUAUGUUAUAAAGUCUUGUUUCCUGUAUUUUUUGUUUCUAAGUGUCUCUGCUUAGAGACGAGAUAUUAGGAAGAAAUCUCUGAAGCAAAAGAUGGGAGAGGGAUGGGGUAUGGCAGUGUAAGAGCGUACAAUUCAGUUGAAGUGAUGCUGCAAGAAGAUACUGUCACAGGAAAAAUUCAGGAAACAGAGAUGCAAGUUCUUUGGCAACUGUAAAGGACCUGUGUCCCUGGACCACCACGCUGGGCACGGCAGAGGAGAGAAAUAGCUGGAGGAUGCAAACUGGAGCUUAAAGUGCAACAUUUCUUUUGUUUUCCUGCUGAGUGAAGCACAUUUUUUCAUCCUUUGAAGGAACUUCAGCUUAAAAGGAAGAUGAAAGAUAGUGUCACUGAAGAACAUUUAUAUUUGGGUUUUUCUCAUAAGUGCAGAGAUAGUAUCUUUCCUCUUCAUACAUCCAUUUCACUGUUUUUGCUAUCCUACUGUGACUGCAAAUUAUUCAAAAUUUUCUUAGUGCCGACUGGUGAAGAUGUGGAUGAUCAGUUUGUGACAAAAAACCUUCUUGGCGAUCUUGAAGUCCAUUUAAUCUCCAGAUGCCAGCUUCCAAUGGUUGUGCAGAGCUGCUCUUUACCUGCUGUUGUCGUGAAAGAUGGCAAGUUCUGCCGAGCUGGGCUUUCUGUUGUUUUAAGGCAUAUAGUACAGAAAACAUACGAGGCAGAUCCAUCUAAAAAGGAUGUUUUGGAACUCUUAGGCUUUAAGAAGACCUGCUUAAAAGCCUGUGCUGAAGUUAGCCAGUGGACCAGACUUUGUGAGAUAAGCAUACCUCUGGCUGUUGAAGGAUUUUUGACAGCGUCUCCUGAGCACUGUCAGGCUAUUCCUCCUGAUAUUUUACAGCUUGAAAGGAAGCUUGGAGAACCUGUCCGAGUACAUAAUGAUGACAAAAUUCGAAGGCAAAAACUUCAACGGCAGAAGUCAGGCGCCAAGGCUGCAGUGCCUGUACUUGGUAAAAACACAACAGAGGAAGGAAAACCAGUGGAAGUGCAUGAACAUUCACUCCCAGGUUUGGAACUGAGCAUAGCUUUCUCCAAGCUACUUGUCCAAGAAGUAUCAGAUACAGUCAACAGGGAAGCCCCUCACAUCAGAAGAACAAAAACCUCUGACCUUCCGCUUUUGGACCAUGUUUUUGCAGAAGGACUUUACUUUACCUUGACAGAUAUAGUGCUUUUGCCAUGCAUCCAUCAGUUCUUGGUUUCCAGCAAAAAACAAGGCAAAAAUUUGGUAAAUUUGCCUCUCAUAUCCAGUUGGUAUCGAAGAGUUCAAGAAGUACCUGGAGUAAAGAAAGCUGCUGGCAAAUGCAAUAUGGCAUUUCUCCAGCUUCCAGAGUUGAUGUCUGCUCCAGCGGAACAGCUACAAGACUUCUCUUCAGUUCCUGAUGAAUUAAAAGAGGAGAAUGAAGACACUCAUUUUAUAGGUGGCCCAAGGCCAACUAUGACUAAGUUAAUGGAAAAUGGUAUUGAAGCAAAGUUUUCUCCUCAUCCAUGCCCCAGCUGGACCCUAGACUGGACCAGUCUACCAUCUGCAGUCAAUCCUGGAGAAGGAAAGAUGUCGAGAGACCGGGCUCUGAGGAAGCAGCAGCAAUUGAAUAAUUUGGUAGCAGCAGUGACAAAGCUUGCUAAGCCGGGAGAUGUGAUUGUGGAUUUUUGCAGUGGAGGGGGCCAUGUUGGAAUUGUUCUUGCUCACAUGAUGCCAUCAUGUCAGGUGGUGCUCAUAGAAAAUAAGGAGUUGUCUCUGAUCCGUGCUAAAGACAGAAGUGAUGAACUAGGUUUAAACAACAUUUGGUUCAUUCAAGCAAAUUUGGACUAUUUUCAUGGGACUUUUAACAUUGGGGUGGCUCUGCAUGCGUGUGGUGUGGCAACAGACAUGGUGAUCGAACACUGCAUCAAGUCACGGGCAGCCUUUGUCAUCUCCCCUUGUUGUUACGGCUUCAUUCAAAACACAGUGAAGUUUAAAUAUCCACGAAGUCAUCAGUUCAAAGAAAUUUUGUCCUACAAGGAGCACAUGAUCCUUUGCAGAUUUGCAGAUCAGACAGCUAUUCAGCUUCCAUCUGAACGCAGGCUAAUCGGAAAGCAGUGUAUGGGACUUGUGGAUCUGGAUCGAGCAUGGGCUGCAGAAGAACGUAACUACUCUGUCCAAGUUAUAUCUAUGGAGCCAGAGAGUUGUUCUCCAAAGAACAAUAUGUUUGUGGGCAUCCCUACUUAGAGUGUGAAACUUGCAGUUGAUUUGAAGCUGAACAUAAAUCUUCAGUGCAUAAUAAUAUCCAUCAGAUGCAAGCAUAGCUGGGAACCAGACAUCGUGCAUCUUGAACCCAUUGUGUUUGGGAAGGAAGCAGCGCAGAAAGUCUUAGAAAGUGAACUGCAUGCGGAAUAUCACAAAUUGUACUUGUGUCAUUAAGCAACUUUGGGUUCUCUUACUGAAAAGUUUCUGGAUCUAAUGACUGUGCAUGGAAUCAUAUCCAUCUGUAAAGGUUUAGAAAAAAGUUGGUCUCAUUGAAGGGAAGGUGAUUUCCUUUCACGUAAAGCUGCCUUCGCUGCUUCAAAAUUGCAUUCAUGUUCAAAACUGCAUUUGUGUUCAUAAGCAGAGCAGUUAUCAGCCAAUAAUGCAGAUCACUAGAGGAACAGAAAAGAUCAGGUUCAUGGUGUUAGUGAAGAAGGUUGUGAAAUGGGUGGUGUCUUGACUUUGCUGAAGAAUUCCAUGCUACAGUAGAAAGAUUAUUUUUAGUAAAAGUUCAUCAGAAUACUUUGGGCAUUAUUCUGCUUAUCAAAAAUGUAUUCUAACUUACUAAUAUUUUUAAAAAGACUUUAAAAUUAUCUUUAUUACACAAGUAUUCUGUAACCAGACAUCUGAAAGUGUGUUUAGUUAAAGAAAGCAAACCCCUAAUUAUCCAUUGACCAGAUAGAGCGAGCUAGAGAUGAUGUCAGUGAGUAGACACUUCACUGCCACUUCUGCUCAUUGAAGUGUAUUGCUUCCCAUUCUUAAGAAAGUUGCAGUCAGAAGAAAUUUUUAAGGACAGUUCAUGUGUCUGUACACAUCAUCUUCACUGAUUUUGCAUUCAGUUUGAAAUUUGAAGAAAGUUGGGGUUGUGGAACAAUUUGAAAAGAUCAACCACACUCAUGUUACUGUAAAAUGAAAAUAAAUGUUCUUCUGUGCUUUGAUUAGUAGGUAGUUUUCUACCCUAAUUUAAAAUCAUCUGUUGACACUAGCACAAUGGAAAAUAGCUCCUAAUGAGACUUUUACUGCAUGUUUAUGGGUUUAUUAUGUUUAUAAAUUCUGCCAUGGUUUAAAUAUGUCUGAAGUUUGGUCAGUGUGAACGUACCUUCAGUGCAUGAGGCAAACAGAAUUACAAACAAUAGGUAUUGAAGGAAAAAAAGGAUCCUGGAAUGUUUUAUUCUUCGUGAAACUUGUAUCUCUAAAAAAUCUAAAUGCUUGGAGGUUUUUAACGUGAAGACUGAAGGACGCUGGACAUUUUUUUGGAAGCACAAAGGUAAGAAGAUAGGUAUGAAUUAAUACCUUUUAGUUUGAGUUCUUCAGUCAAUAAUGAUGGAGUACUUUUUCUCCAGCUUUUUAUAGUUACAGGAGCAACUGGAAUUUGGAAGAACACAUAGCAAAGGUAUGUGGCAAUGCCAAUUGCCUCCAGGAUUUUCUCUCAUACUUGUCCAAAGAGAAAGUUUUUAAGAUAGCAGUACGUCAAAUCUGAACAUUAUUCAUGAUAAAUUACUUUAUUUAGAACUCCAGAUACUACAUAUGGAGUGUGAAAAUGUCUCUUCAUUACCUUUUUUUGCUGGAAGAAGGACUUACCAAGGUGAGACACUUGAUGAAAGCUUUGAUGCUGUUUACAGUAAGGAUUUUCACGAUGCUCUGCUCCAGGCAAUGGAUACCAGUAUGAGUGUUUUAAUUAUGAUAAUGUUGAAUAUUUGGCAUGGUCUGAUAUUACACAAUAAUAGCUUUCAGUAAAGCAAAAAACUGUGCUGUUA